AUGAAACAAGAAAACAACGGCAACAAAACGGAAACUUUAAAGCCUGAACAGAAGACACUUUUGCUUCACUCUAUAGCUAAGUAUCUUGAAAACACCGGUGGGUUUUCGAAAACAUUAAAGAAGUUCAAAUCAGAAGCCAAAUUUGAGAACGAUGAUUUGGGUGGUGGUUCCUUGAUUGAUUUGGAGGAGGUGUUUUGCAAGUUUUUGAAGACGAGUGACGACACCAGCAAAAAGUUAGAGAGCAACCAGGUGCAAGAAAAAAAGAGUGAUACUGAUGCCAUGAACAAACAAUUAGGAGCUGGUGAUAAAGUUAAAAAUUCGGAGAGCGUUGAAGAGAUUAUAACAAAUGAUACAGUGGCUACUGAAGUAAAGUCUAAAGAUAAGAAGAAGAAAAAGAAUUCUGAUUCUCAUGGACAAGAGGAACAAGACAAUGCUGAAAUUUUGAUGGAACUUGCUGAUAAUGUUGCUGGUGAAUCUCCUGAUAAAAAAUGCAAGGACAAAAAGAAGAAGAAAAGCAAAUUGGGAUCUGAGUCUCAGGUUGAUAAUGUUGGACAUCAUCCAUCAGAACCCGUGGUAACAGAAGAAAAAUCUAAGGAUGUGGCAUCUUUAGAGGGAAAUAAAGCAACUGAUUCUGAGACAGAGAAUAAACCAAAGGAUAAGAAGAAAAAGAAAAACAAGCUUUCUGAUGCUGAUGCUGACAGCAUUGACAACAUGAAUGUCAAAUCCAAAGGGAAGAAGAAAAAGAAGGAUAUUGUUGUUUCUGAAAAUUUAUCAGGUGAGACGCUUGUUGAUGACGGGAAAUCAAAUAAAGUGGAUUCUCAAAAGGAUGAUUCUAAGAACUUGAAGGAGGAUGGGAAUGUCAAAGAGAAUAAAAGUUCCAAGAAGAGGAAAAGAUUGCCUUCCGAAGAUGAUGCCACUCAGCCUGCUGAUGCAAAUGCAGUUGAAGAAUCUAAACGUAGAAAGACAGAAAGUUCAGAAGAAUCAAAGGAAAACGGCCAGGCAAAUGGGAACCUUGAGGAAAAUGGAGAGAAAUCAGCACUGCAGAAAUCGGUGAAGAAGGAGAAGAAUGGUUCUGUUGAGACUGGAACUAUGUCAUUGCAGCCAAAGACAAUUAAGCAUUUUCAAAGAGUAAAAGUUGAUGAGGUGGCAUUCUCUGAUGAGAGGCUUAAAGAUAAUUCAUACUGGGCAAAGGAUGGUGCUGAGGAGGGUUACGGUGCAAAAGCACAAGAAGUUCUUGGUCAAGUUAGAGGAAGGGGUUUUCGACAUGAAAAAACAAAGAAGAAGCGUGGGACAUACAGAGGAGGGCAGAUUGAUUUGCAAUCACACUCAGUUAAGUUCAAUUACUCUGAUGAAGAUUGA